CAGGAAUGGACGAACAGACUCCACGCAUCGGUGCUCCGUUUCCUUUCAUGUGCCCCACCUCGUCGCCGUCGUCUGCCGUCUUUCCGCCACCUCUUCACAUUUUCCCGCCACACAUGCAACAACAGUAUUUUUUGAAUAUUAUGCAACUUGUCCAGCAACAGCAAUAUCAGCAGAGGUUGAGCUCGGGAGGCUCGCCGGUCAACUCGGAUCAGGCGUCGUCGAGAAGUGAAUCGCCGCAGACUAAAAAAUUAAUACUCGACGAGGACGGAUGUGCGACGUGUUCGGUGUGCACAGAGAAGGUUCCAGAGGCCGAAUGGAAUAGUCAUAUUGAAUUGGAAAAAGAGAGACUCAUCAGUUAUAUCACCUUAACAAAAGAAAAGAGGGAACGAGACCGAGAGAACACACCAGACCAUUUCGAUCAGAAAAGGAAGCGCGAGCUCGAGUUGCAAAGGAUCAGAAAUAAUCAGAAUAAGAGACAGUCAUUAAAACGUGGACCCCAACUAGUCCGUGACUGCUUGACUCCAUUCAGCAGACAAUCCAACGAUGAGACUGGUUCCAGUGAGUCACCUGACAUGAAGAAGGAUGAUGAAUUCUACAUGAAGUGCACCACUUGCCAUCAACCCUGCUCCUACGCCAUAGUGAUGUCUGCAUUUGACCGUCCGAAAUGCCAAAUUUGUUUUGACCUGGUUCGAGCCGCAGUUCUCAAUUCAGCGGCGAGCCCAACAUCCUCAGCUACCAAAGAAGAUCCUGACCAUGACAGCAGCCCGCCGGCGUGCAAGAAAAUGAAAAUUGAAGACCUAAUCGACACGAGUGUCUAAUAUAAUCUGUGCCAUUUCUCGUUCCAAAAAAGAAAAAAACACGACUCCAACCACACAUUUCAUCAGGGUACUUCUAUUGCAUACAGCUUUUAAUGAAAAUAUAUUUAUUACUUACAUUCUCUUUUUUUCUAGAAUCUUUCAUCCCUUCCUUCCCAAAAAAACCACGCAAAAUACCUAGUCUUCUCAUUUUCUCCUAUUUUUUAAAAUUAUUUUUCUCUUUAUUCUCCUUUUUUCCUGACUCCCAAUUGACUUCUGUUUCAGUAGAUUUCCCGAAAAAUUGUCCGUGUGAACCAUUGUUCGUAUUAAAUGUAUUGUUUGAUUUGUUAGAAAUAAAACAGAACCAAAAGAAAAUUAGACAU